AUGAGGAACCACAUGGCAGCCGGGGUAUUCUACUCCCCCAGCCAGAUCAUCCGUUACUUCGCGACGCGAGUGUCCAGUCUCAGUCCUCCAAAGAACAAACUCCGCAACCCAUAUGUCAUCCUCCGCGAUCUAACAACCCACCAAUGGCUCAUGUUCGCAGCGGGCUUCCUCGGAUGGACAUGGGAUAGCUUUGAUUUCUUCACGGUGUCGAUGACGAUUACCGAGAUCUCAGCGGACUUUGAUGCUUCGUACUCGGAUGUCUCUUGGGGUAUUACUGUCACUCUCAUGCUGCGCUCCGUCGGAGCUAUUAUCUUUGGGAUUCUGGCGGAUCGAUAUGGCCGCAAGUGGCCGAUGAUCGUGAGUCUGGUUCUGUUUAUUAUUCUGGAGCUUUGCUCGGGGUUUUGUCAGACACUGCCUCAGUUUUUGGGUGUGAGGUCGCUGUAUGGGAUUGCCAUGGGAGGUCUGUUUGGUCCGGCGGCUGCGACAGCACUGGAAGACCUUCCGUAUGAAGCUCGCGGACUGCUUUCCGGGCUGUUUGAAAUGGGCUACGCAACAGGCUACCUGCUCGCGGCGGCAUUCUACCGUGCCCUCGUCCCGACAACAAGCCACGGCUGGCGAAGUUUGUUCUGGUUCGGCGCUGCGCCUCCAGUCCUGAUUAUUCUGUUCCGCUUGUGCUUGCCAGAGACAAACCAUUUCCAGGUCAUGAAGGCCGAGCGCGAGGCGCGUGCCAGAGCGGGUGGUGGUGACCAGCACAGGCACGCAGUGGGCUUCCGAGUCUUUGUCCGGGACGCUGGACGCGCACUGCGGGAUAACUGGGUCCUGUUCGUAUACUUGGUUGUCCUGAUGACGGGGUUCAACUCGUGCUCGCACGGCAGCCAGGACUUCUUCCCGACUUUUCUGAAGGACCAGGUCGGCAUGGGCGCGACGGAUGUCACGGUCAUCACAGUCGUGGGCCAGAUCGGGGCUCUGCUGGGUGGCUGCACGAUCGGAUACAUCAGCACCUUCUUUGGCCGGCGCCUGACGAUGCUGGUGUCGUGCGUGCUGGGCGGGGCCUUGAUCCCGGCCUACGUGUUGCCGCGGACCAUGUCUCUCGUGGCGAGUGUCUUCUUCGAGCAGUUCUUCGUCGGUGGGGUCUGGGGACCCAUGCCCAUCCACCUGCUAGAGCUGUCGCCAAUCGCACUGAGAUCGUUCAUGGUGGGACUCACCUACCAGCUUGGGAACUUGGGUUCCUCUGCCUCUGCGACUAUUCAGUCGAUUAUUGGAGAGCGGUUCCCAUUGCCCCCAGCGCCGGACGGAGAGAAGCGGUUCAAUUAUGGGAAGGUCAUUGCGAUAUUCAUGGGAGCCGUGUGGGCGUUCAUGAUGUUCUUUCUUUUCUGGGGGCCGGAGAUGUCGCAGGAAGAGCGGGACGAGGAGGCCGAGGCAGCGCUGCGGUUGGAGACGUUGCGUGCUGAGGGCGUCAGUCUGGCUGAGAUUGGACAGCAGCAGUUCGAGGGCAAAAGUGUUGUGGCUGAGGAGGAAGAAAGAGAAGUAGAAAAACAGGCAUAG